AUAACAGUACCACGCCACCGUAUAUCAACAUAUUGGCCAUAACGGACGUAGGAAGCAUAAUCGAAGUAAAAUUACAUAUCUGAAAUGCACGACGUGUUUCGCUAUCGAUAACAGUCUCGGUUGUUCUUAUUAAAGUUAGCUGGAGAGCUGGCAUGAUACAUCAUGUCAUCUGGGUUCUCAGAAAACCUGGAAUUGAACAUUAGAUUUUUUGUAAAAGUAGGAUAGAUUUGCAAAGUGACAGCGACGCUGGUCUGCAGUGACAGUUGCGUUCCGUGGAGCUUAAACGACGAGCCUUGCCUGAAACCGGUUAUACUGCAAGAGAGAAUUUUCCUGUCGUUGUUUCCCCGUCAUUUGCCAGACUACCCAAUCUAAUCGCUAGAACGUUAACUUUCAGUGUGGGCGAAACACCUCGCUCCGGCAGGCAUCUCCCCUCAUAGAAAUUUGAUUGUAGGUGCAAACGUUUCGGGACUACAGACAAAUCCAUGUCACAUCAACUAUGCGGCUGACAAGCUCCAUUACCGUCAUUUUUUCGCACGUGAACAAUUUUUACAUCAGGGGCUUUAUUCCACAACAAGCAAAAAGCUCAAAUCCUUUCAGAUUUUAACGUGAAAGCCAAGAUGUGAGGUGGUCUGUGGUACAAUGGAUGAGCUGGUGCAUGACCUGGCCUCUGCGCUGGAACAGACGUCGGAGCAGGCCAAGCUGGAGGAGCUAUGGGAGGAGAUGGUGCUGAGCCCUCUGCAGCAGCGGAGGCAGGUCCGGCGGCGUCGGGGCCGCAAGCGGCGCUGCGACACCUCCCUUCACCCGACAGAGCAUGGCCGCUGCCUGAGUGAGGCAUCCGAGUCCAGCCUCGAUGAGGCGGCCAAGGACUGUCGUGAGAACACCGUCGCCAUCGGCAACCCCAGUGACUCGGACGACAUAGCGGCGGCGGCGGCCAAGCGCCGGCCAUCCUCCUCCUCCUCCGCUGCAGCUGCUGCCUCCCUCCGGGCCCGGCAGCACUCCUGGGCUGAGUCCGACUCCUUCACAGAGAACACGCCCGGCCGGCCCCUACGGCGCCGCCGUAAGGUCAAGCGCAUGACAUCAGAUGUGACAGUCAGCCUGCAGCAGAAACUCAAGGUGUCAGAGCUGGACGGUGAGCGGCUGGGUGGCCACAAGUCAGCCAAGAAGCAGAGGCUGUCCAAGCUGAGGAAGGGCCCCUGGAGGGCUGGGGGCCGCGAGCCAGUUGGGGGCGGGGCCAGACUCAUCGCCGAGGAAUGCUGGAAGGACAAGAUCAUGUUCGAGGCCAAGGAGCAGAGGGAGGCCUCGGAUGAAAACAUGUCUGAGUGUGAGACCUCCAGUAUUUGUAGCAGUGAUCCCGGCCUUUUCACGAACGACGAGGGAAGGCAAGGUGAUGACGAGCAGAGCGACUGGUUCUUCGAGGGGGAGUGCGGUCAGGGAAUGGGGGUCUCGGCGCUGCUUCCUGGCUGGGACGCAGACGCCCCACCCGAGCUGGAAUCGCUGGAGUCAGGCCUGGACAAGCUCUCGUCACCCACCUUCCUCCAUCCGGCCCGGCCCGCUCAGAGAGGAUACCACGCCCGUCUCAGUCGCCUGCCCGGUGUGGCUGCCCGGUGCAUCAGGAAGGGCAGACGGAGGCUGCCUGGCAAGGAGACCAGCAUGAUGGCCAUGUCGGUGGAGAGGAUGAAGCAUCUCUCCCAGGACCUCUACCAGAAAGAGUUUUGGCUGCCAUCCAUUGGGAAGAGAGACUGGCACCAGUUCAGUCCGCUGUCUCCGCUGUACCCGGUUGACGUGUCGUCGGAUGGCUCUCACCAAAGGUGCUCCUCGUCAAUAUGUAAGAACAGGCAGACCAGCGUUCACCUGGGGCUGCUGUGCACGAGUGACAUCAAGAGGAGGCGCAAGACCACGGCAGUGCCCGGCUCAGCAGCAGCAUGCAUCCCGUUCCGCGAGGACAGCCUGGGCGAAGCGGCGGAAGGGGGGGGCGGCGAGACUACUCCCAUCGCCAUGGAGUCCAUGGGGGCCAGCCCGCCCGCCUUGCGGACGCAAGAUUUCGCCAAACCCGGCUUGUAUUUUGGCAUCCGGGGAGACCUGGAGGACUAAGGGGUGCCCCGCCCCCCCCCCAAGUAAAAAGGGACCUAACAGAAGAAAUGCAGGGCCUGGAGGAGGAGGAGGAGGGGGGGGGGAGCAACAAGAGAUUAAAAUCGCCCUAGAUAAAGGAACAGCUGGGAGUCACAGCGAUUUAAAAAAUAAGGAAAUCUGUGGCCACUAAAGUGGCGGCUUUUUAUGGCUAAACAGGGGAGCGAAGCACUCAGAGGCAAAGCAGGCAAUGUUAAUGCAAUCAAGCUUCUUAAUCCCCUAUUGGCCAGUUUCCUGGAACGACCCCACUAUCCAAACACCCCCAUUGAGAUGUUGUGCAUUUGUCAGCAGGGACAGAAAAAUAGAGUUGGGGCGGGUUGGGUUACUUACAUCCAACCCCCCCACAUAAAAACCAACACGUGCUUUGCACCCCUGCUUG